CUGGUGACGGUUGAUUUUCAUUCAGGCACAUAACGGUCCUUCUACUUCCAGUUUAUAGUUCACUGUGGGGUCCUGAGAGCGCGCAUUAACAACUGGCAGCAGAACACAAAACCUAUUUUUCUCUCUUUAAAAACUACUGCGAAUCAGAUUUAAAAUGUCCGGAAGAGAAGGAGGCAAAAAGAAGCCCCUGAAGGCGCCCAAGAAACAGAACAAGGAAAUGGAUGAUGAUGAAGUUGCCUUCAAGCAGAAGCAGAAGGAGGAACAGAAGGCGUUGGAAGUGUUGAAGACCAAAGCUUCAGGAAAAGGACCUAUGUGCGGCACUGGCAUCAAGAAAUCUGGCAAGAAGUAACAUGUGAAUCUGACGACGAUGUGUGUGUGCUCCCGGUGUCGCGCCGCUGAGAAGACUCCAUUUUGUUUUGCUAUGUAACUCACAAACCCCCAAUAAAUUAAAGACCUGCUCUAAAUAGUGAACAGGAUGAAUUGAAUAUCAGUACACACUUCUUAACUCUCCAACAGCAUGUAGAGAGUUCCUCAGUCACACACUGACCAACAUCUUUACAUAGAAAUGAAGGCGUGCUGUUUAAGAAAUGUUGGAAAAAUGCUGAUUUCUACCGUAUUUUGUGUCCAUAUGAAACUAAAGCAGAAACACACACAUCACCACCAAGUUGUUAUGUUUUUGUGUUGUAUUGUAAAGAGGGAGAUACUAAUAAAGUUUUUGUAAUAACUA